CCCACAAUGUCACUGACAGUGCACACACAGUCUGCCAGAGUCCAGGAAGACAUGGCGUUCAACCUGACCAUCCUGUCCCUCACCGAGCUCAUAAGUCUGGGUGGGCUGCUGGGCAAUGGGGUGGCCCUCUGGCUGCUCAACCAGAAUGUGUACCGGAACCCCUUCUCCAUCUAUCUCUUGGAUGUGGCCUGUGCUGACCUCAUCUUCCUCUGCUGCCACAUGGUGGCCAUCAUCCCUGAGCUGCUGCCGGACCAGGUGAACUUCCCGGAGUUUGUACACAUCAGCCUGCUCAUGCUUCGGUUCUUCUGCUACAUUGUGGGCCUGAGUCUCCUGGCGGCCAUCAGCACGGAGCAGUGCCUGGCCACUCUAUUCCCCGCCUGGUACCUGUGCCGCCGCCCACGAUACCUGACCACCUGUGUGUGCGCACUCAUCUGGGUGCUCUGCUUGCUAUUGGACCUGCUGCUGAGCGGCACCUGCACCCAGUUCUUUGGAGCACUCAGCUACCACCUGUGUGGGAUGCUGUGGCUGGUGGUGGCCGUUCUCCUGGCUGCCUUGUGCUGCACCAUGUGUGUAACCAGCCUGCUCCUGUUGCUGCGGGUGGAGCGUGGUCCAGAGAGGCACCAGCCCCGGGGUUUCCCCACCCUGGUCUUACUGGCUGUCCUCCUCUUCCUUUUCUGCGGCCUGCCCUUUGGCAUUUUCUGGCUGUCCAAGAACCUGUCCUGGCAUACCCCUCUCUACUUCUACCACUUCAGUUUCUUCAUGGCCAGUGUGCACAGUUCAGCCAAGCCUGCUAUCUACUUUUUCUUAGGCAGCACACCUGGCCAGAGGCUGCAGGAACCCCUCCGGCUGGUGCUCCGUCGGGCACUGGGGGAUGAGGCUGAGCUGGGGGCCGUGAGAGAGGCUUCCCAAGGGGGGCUUGUGGACAUGACCGUCUAAGGCCAGUGGGUCACAACAGCAGCUCCAGCCCAUGGGGGCUAGGGGAACUGGUAAGAGCUGGG